AUGAUCGAGACUCGACCAUCUGAGCUGCACCGGUUGCUAGAGCACGACGUGCACGAAGGCGCCGACUACGACGCAGUCCGCAAGACGCUGUCGCUUCCGUCGAAUGCGACGGGACCUUCUGCGGAAGGAUCUUCGUCGCGCAAGUUCAGCUGGCGGACGUUGUGGGCUUAUGCUGGACCGGGAUGGCUCAUGAGCAUUGCCUACGUGGACCCUGGCAACCUCGAGAGCGAUCUCCAAGCAGGAGCGUAUGCCGGAUAUCAGCUCACGUGGGUCCUGUGUGGCGCUACAGCAAUGGGCUUCUUCCUCCAGUUGCUUGCGGCUCGACUGGGUGUUGUCACGGGCAAAAACUUGGCGGAAAUGUGCACGACAGUCUUCCCGCGGUGGGCGUCACUCACACUGUGGAUCAUGACGGAAAUUGCAAUCGUUGGCAGUGAUGUGCAGGAAGUGUUGGGCUCCUCCAUUGCGUUUCAGGUGCUGUUCAACUUCCCUCUGUGGCUUGGCUGUCUGAUCACAGGCUUUGACACCUUUACGUUCUUGCUGCUCCACCGCUACGGGAUCCGAAAGCUCGAAGCGCUGUUUGUUGCGUUGAUCGUGGUGAUGCUGGUCUGCUUUUGCGCCAACUUGGUCCGUGGGGACGUUGCAUCAGCAGACGUCAUGCGUGGCUUUGUGCCGCGCGUGGAUCACUACGCCGUGACGCAGGCUGUGGGCAUCAUCGGGGCGGUCAUCAUGCCACACAACAUCUUUUUGCACUCAGCCCUUGUGCAAUCUAGACAAGUGGAUCGACACAACGAACGCAACGUCCGCGAGGCGAACAAGUACUUCGCGAUAGAGGCCUGUCUGGCGCUGAUGGUGUCCUUCUUGAUCAACUUGGCAGUACUGGCCGUCUUUGCAAAGGGGUUCUUCUCGCCAGACUGCACCGCAUCUUUCGACACCAGCGGGGUCAACACAGCUUGCGUCUCGGUAGCUAUUGCUCAUGACAACACGUACGGGCGCUGCCAUCUUGCCAGCGGUGACGAAGGCUUGUGUCAGGAGAUCGGGUUAUCCCAGGCUGGCACGGCGCUCAGCGGCAUGCUAGGACAAUACGCUGACGUCGUUUGGGCAAUCGGUUUGCUGGCUGCAGGACAAAGCUCGACCAUGACAGGAACUUACGCGGGCCAAUUCGUCAUGGAAGGAUUUCUGCAGCUUCAGCUAUCACCGUGGAAGCGCGUGGCGCUCACCCGAUGUGUGUCGCUUGUUCCUGCACUGACUGUCGCAAUCUUGAGCCAGCAAACCCCUGCGGAUAGUGACCACAUGGACGAGUUGCUCAACGUGCUGCAGUCCAUCCAGCUUCCAUUUGCUUUACUUCCAGUACUGAUCUUCACGAGCUCGCGUGCCAUCAUGGGAGGCUUUGUGAACAACAAGGCAACGGUGGUAACUGGCUGGCUGUUGGCUGGUCUCGUGUGCGUCGUCAAUCUGUACUUGAUCUUCACGAAGCUGAAAACUCUAGCGUUUGGUGUCACGGGACUCGUUGCUGUGGGAUGCACUUGUUGUCUGUACUUUGGCUUCUUGGGGUAUCUCGUUCGUACUGGAAUGACUCUGGCCGCCGAUCGGACACGCACAGCCUCUCGCGAAUAUCAAGACUAG